CUUUCCAUUGAGGCUUUUGAUGUGCGCUCUGAUUGGCUGUUUUGAACCGCGAAUCCCUCUCAACUGAACAUUCCAAGUCGCGUGGAGGAAACGGAGGAAAAGCAAGAGAGCAGCUCCAGCUUCAGCUGAUGCGCGUCCACGCACCCACGCGCGCACGCCCGCCCCUGCAGCCGAGGAGCGAAACGUGGAUCAAACUCAAGAGAAACAACUAGUUACUGAGACAACUAAACAAACACAUUUAACGCUGAAUGUGGACGUGAAUCUUUCUUGUAACUAAUGAUGGCGGUUCAGGCUGGAUUGCAGAUGUGAGAUGCUUCUGGGAGGUCAUUUGGCUGAGGCAUUUCCGAAUAACUAGAACAUUUGAGAUGCUGUUCAGUGGAAUUGAUCUGCUGGCUUGGUUCGGCGAGAAGUUUGAUGUCCCGUUACAGAGCCCUCGCAGCCUGCGGUCUCCCCGUCCCGGCCCGGGUUUGGCUGAUGUGUUCCAGUAUGACCAGUGGUUGGCCGUGCGGCACGAAGCAACGCUGGUGCCCAUGCAGGAGGAUCUCGCCAUCUGGCUCAGCGGCAUGCUGGGUGAGCAGGUGAUAGCUGAACGCUUCAUGGAGGAGCUGGACAAUGGCGUCAGACUAUGUCGUCUGGUUGGAAUUCUUCAGAGUAAAAUCCCACAGGACUCAGAAACGCAGCUGCCCUCAAAGAAAAUUCAGUUCAAGAAAAACGCCUCCCCUGGAUCGUUUUUCGCCCGGGACAACACAGCGAAUUUUCUGUCCUGGUGUCGUCAUAUAGGAGUGGACGAGACGUAUCUGUUUGAGUCCGAGGGUUUGGUUCUGCAUAAAAACCCUCGGCAGGUGUGUCUGUGCCUGCUGGAGAUCGGACGGAUCGUCUCCAGGUAUGGGGUGGAGCCUCCAGUUUUGGUUAAACUGGAGAAGGAAAUUGAACUGGAGGAGAGUUUAAUGAUGACUGAUCACGCUUCUCCAGUCAAAACCUUCACCGUAUGCUGUCAGCACGGAGCGCUGUACCACGCUGAUCGUGCGGACCAGGACGACCCUCCCUGUAACUGCUCGCAGAAGUUUUCCAUCGAGUAUCUGUCUGAGGGACGCUACAGGCUCGGAGACAAGAUCCUGUUCAUCAGGAUGCUCCAUGGGAAGCACGUGAUGGUGCGGGUCGGUGGAGGUUGGGACACUCUGAAAGGGUUCCUGCUGAAAUACGACCCGGACCGCGUGCUGCAGUUCACAACUCUAGAGCAGAAGAUUCUAGCCUAUCAGAAAGGCCCGUCCGGCCCAGGCCCCGCCCACAGUACGCAGACCGCGCAGCCACCCACGAUGGACCCCAUCGCAGCCGUUAACCUCCUCCCAGAGUCGUCCUCUUCAUCAUCAUCAUCGUCAGCCUCCACGACAUCAGUGUCCAAACCCAACACACCCACACCGCGCGGCUACGCCCAAUCACCUGCGUCCACACCGUCCAUGCCUCGUAAAGCUGCCGCACCCAAGAAGAUCUUUCACACGCCCACUGCUUCCCCGAAAACCACCCCUCUAUCAUCGCCCGUCCCAAAAAGAAACCCGCUUCCACAGUCAAACACAACAUCUCAGAAAGCCCCGGCCGCCGCCGGCUCCAAGACCAAACUGCGUCCGCGUGGAUCUCCAUCUCAGCCUCGCAGUCCCGUCUGCCCCGAACCCACCUGCAAGCUGCCUAAACCUUCGGCGCCGCCCGCACAGAAACCUCCUCCCGGACCCGUACGCUCUCGGCUUACAGCAAGACGCCCUCCUUCCCCUGCAUUAGAUUCCAGGAAGGGGCGUCCGAAUGAGCCCAAACAGACGAUUCCUCUCAAGAGUAAAUCUGUAGAGCAGAGCGCAGCCGGUGUGGCACGAACUGCCGCGGCCGUCAACGUUAAAACAACCCACAGGAAACCUUUGGUCAGCAGUAACCCGCCCGCGGUGAGCACCUCCGCCAAACCGGCACCCACGAGCACUUCCCACAAACUCACCACACGGACUAAAGCCAGCAAACGAGAGGAGCCCUACUUUGAGAUGAACAAUAAGAGAAGGGUAAAGAACUGAGAAUUCUGGGAUUUUUAUAUGUGCAAAGGGUCAAGUUUCACAAAUGCACUAUAUGGAGUUGGAUACCAUAAUUUAAUUUGAUUUGAAUGAAAACAAGAGUGUGGUUAUAUGUUUUGAAUAUUGAAAAUACAUUUAUGAAAAUACGUAAAAAUGAGACGUCUGUCUUCCAGCAGCCUCGUUUUCAUUCACAUCAAAAUUAAAUAUGCCAUAACCGGUUUUCUUUGCAUCUGUCAAAACAUUCGCCUCAUGCUUUCAUUUGUGCCAUAUUACAAAUCAUCAGGAAAUGCCUCGGAUACAUUUUACAGGAAUUAAAGGUUUAGUUCACUUCAGAAUUAACAUUUCCUGAUAAUUUACUCACCCCCAUGUCAUCCAAAAUGUUUAUGUCUUUCUCUCUUCAGU